AUGUCUGACGAGGUCAGAGAGCUUCGCCGCUUACUGGAGGAGGAAAGGAAGCGUGCGGAGACCGCAGAGCAACGUCUUCAUUGCACCACCAAAGAGCUUGAUAACACCACCAAAGACCUUCAUAACACCACCAAAGACCUUCAUGACACCACCAAAACCCUCAAGAAAACAAGGGAAAGCCUCGAGGAUGCGAAAAGCACGAUCUUCCAGCAACAAAUCCUAAACAGGCCAACCACGAUUUUUGAGUACCUCGACACCUGCCAUACGCAUUUAUUUCUUGGCCUCACAGUAGGCGACACUAAAGACUCUACAAAAGGUGCUCUGACGAAACCGGACGGCAGACUUCGUCCGCAGAAAAUAACAGAGUGGCUGGGUUUUGCCGAUGAACAAGAGGGUGUUUGGAAUCGCCUUAUGGACAUGGAGUUUGUCUCGGAACGCCACUUUUCAUCCCUAUCUUUCCUCACGGAGCUUGGGGCCAGCUUAAGAACAGAAACCACCCGCUCAGAGUUGGAUCUUCGCCACUUUCAACGGGACACACUUUCGCGGCCUGUCCGCUCCCUGAUUUCUAGUCUAUAUUCAAAUGAGGAAGUUCGAACUCGCUUCCAUUUGUUGGGUGAAAUUUCCUUUGAAAAUCAUGGAAAUACCCUAAAUGACGAGCCAACUGAAGAUGAACCACCUGCAGAAUGUCCCCCAGCAAAGCUUCGGAAAACUGACAAAGGAGAAGCUACGCCUACUACACCGGCCUCAAACCCUCAUCCCUUGGUAGACGAAUUUUGUGUGUACAACAGGGGGAAUGGUCAGAAUCUUCCAGCAUUCAUUGUUGGGUUGAAGCCUCCACAUAAACUUCCCUUGUCAAUAAUCGAGCAUUCUCUAAAAAACAUGGAUCUAGAUGAAGUACUACAGUGCCAGCCAAACGAGUCCGAAAAAAUUAAAUCUCGCCGUACAAUGGCCGCGGUAAUCACUCAGGCAUUUUCCUACAUGAUAAAAUCUGGGGUUAGGUAUGGAUAUGUGUCUACUGGCGAAGCCUUUAUAUUUCUCUAUAUUGGCGAGGACCCAGGCACCGUAUACUACUACUUGUCACAGCCAAAAAAAGAUGUGAGUGAGAGUACUGGAUAUGCUGGCCAAACAGACCAGCCCAAUAAGCUCCAUAUGACUGCUGUUGGACAAGUUCUAGCCUUCACGCUCAGAUCUCUUCUUGAGCCCCCGUGUCCACAGGAUUGGCGAAAAAGAGCUGAGGAUCUACUAAAGCCAUGGCAGCUUUGUUACAAUGAUGAUAGUGAUAUUACUACCCCAUCCCCGAAAUCAGUAGCCACCGAGGGGUAUACACCCGAGAUAAGAAGCAGAGAGGAUUAUGCUAGUCGUUCCCCUGUAAUGACUAGGGCCAAAAAGUUGAUACUUCUACCAUCGCAACAACCGCAUGCAUCGGAAAAUGAUCAAAGUUCCGAAGAAAGUGAUGAAAAUUCUAAUGAUUCUCCAAAUUCUCCUUGCAGGGGGGCGCGUCGUUCAACAAACGUUAUGGUUGUGAUCCCUCCUUAUCAUCCCAAAACAUCACCUCGAACUCGUCCUUUUAGUGAGGGAAGGUCUCGACCGUACUGUACGCCACAGUGUCUUCUUGGGCUAUUAAAUGGAGGCAAUCUGGACAAGGCGUGCCCGAAUGUAAAUGACCACGGGACAGAUAAGCACCAGAUCAAUAUAUCGACAUUUUUAUCCCUUUUGCAUGAUCAACUACUCAUUAAAGAAGAACGACCUUUGGAUCUUUAUGCAUCCGAUGGAUGUGAAUCACUCCAUAUACACGGCUCUCGUGGAGCAUUAUUUGAAGUCAUACUUUUUGCAUAUGGGUAUAAACUUGUUGGAAAAGGGUUUCCUGCCUGGUUUCUGCGGUAUCUACAACACGAAAGAGCUAUAUAUCAACACCUUCUUCCAGUUCAGGGACGCCAUGUCCCAGUAUGUCUUGGAACCCUAGAUCUUUCAAAGCUGCCACUAUCCUAUGACGGAAUUGCGGAGAUUCCCCAAGUUUUGCUUCUUAGUUUUGCUGGAAUCUCUCUCAGGCGCUCUGGCAUCGAUCGCAAAAAACUCUCUAAAAUGGCAUCUGAAUCACUUCAAGCUAUUCACCGCCUUGGAGUACGCCAUUGUGAUCCCUAUGUCCGCAAUAUAUUCUGGAACGUGGAUAGUAAGAGGGUGGUGUUCAUUGACUUUGAGCGCGCCCAAAUCCAAGAGGCGAGACCCCCCUUACAGGUCACAUCUUUCAACGCAAAGCGAAAAAGAGUAGAUGCCGAAGAGCUUGCUAAAGAACGUCGAGCUUGUUGGAUGCUUGAGGAUGAAAUGCACAGUAUGCUAAUGGAUAUCCCAUACGUUUAA